AUGCCCCGUGGUGGGAUAGCGAGGCAGUCGGAUGGCUGCGUCAUGCGCGCGAUACUAUAUCCAAUUGCGAAUGAACGGGAAGCACUCAAGCGGCAGGGCAUCAAGCCCAAGGAUCAUGCGCGUGAGAAUGUGAGGAGGAUACAGGAGAUGCAACAAGCUCGAUCCGAGUCGGAGAUGGCCAGGCCAAGAACGGCCCCAGAGCCCUUCAAGCUCGCUCGGUUCAAGAACGCCACGAGUCAAGUGAAAGAGAACCUGAAUCGCAGCGAGUUGGAGAGGCCGACGACAGCCGGGCAUGCUUUCAUCCGGAAGGGGGAGGGCGUUCAGAGAGUUUGCGAUCGCCGCUCUCAGGAUUACGAGGCAGAGCGAACGAGGCUGAAGAUGAAGCCUCCUGUUCCUACUCGUGAGACCUUCAAGUCCGUGGAAGCAAAUAGCGCGAGGAAGGAUGUCGACUACGUCAAACGAAACGCUCUCGAAGUCAUUCGAGCCAGCAGCCAGACUCCCCUCAAGCAGCAGAACCUCAACCAGAGCCCGUCCGACAAGCAUGAGAGCUAUGGUAAGGUUCCGAGCUACAUCAUCAAGCGCAAAGAAGAGAUGCUGAGAAAAAGGGAGGAGACUAUCAAACACAUGCACGAAUUCCCAGACGAUUGUCCGCCAGGCAUGCGGCUAAUGAAAGACGAGGACAGGAAGGCUGUUCUUGCGCAGCUCGAUGAGCACAAACUGAAGCUGCUGCGCGCUUUAGCAGAUCUCCCCUGCAUUAUCGACACGCCCUCCCUCGACAGGCAGAAAACUUCGCUCGAGACCAAAUUGAACGAGGUGGACAAGGCUAUCAAGUUGUAUUCUCGUCAGAGGGUUUUCGUCAAGAUUUAA